CACAUUCAAUAUCUGUAUCGCAUUUUCUUGGAGCAAGGUCUGCGCGCCUGUAGUUCACGGACCGCCGAUAUGCGCUGGGUGAGAUGACUCAAUUUAUUUAAUUACAUUAAGAUUACAGAACACUGCAAACUUUGUUUCUCAUUUCGUAUCGGAUUCGGCAGCUAGCGAAACGUGAAAACGCGAGCAAAACUGUGGCAAAACAUCAAAUAGUAAAAAAACGCCAAAAUAAUCAGUGCUAUAAUUUAAUUAGUAAUGAACACAUCGUAGCUUAACAGAAGUUCGUUAGUGCGUAACGUGCCUCUAGGUAUAGGUAGGUAUCAGGGAACAAGGCCAGCGGGCAGGCUGGAGCGGCAGGCUCGCGGCCCGCGGCAGUCGUCGCGGCGCGGCCCGGCCACCAGCAUGCGGGACGAGGAGCCCCCCCUGCCGCCCCCCUCGCCCUCCGCGCCCUCGCGCCUCCGCCGCACACUACACACGCUGCGAACACCGUUCCGCCCCGGCUCGCCCUUCCACAUCGGCUUGAUCAAGCGCACAGGCUCCUCCAAAUCGGUUGCCUCAGACGGCGAGAUCGCCCGCGACGAACGCACGAUGCGUAAGCGUAACAAGAAAAACCGCGACGCGGCGGCCAGCGACGCAUCCCGCGACGCAUCCCGCGACGCCUCCCGCAGCACCGACAGCUCGCCCAGUGUCGACAAGAAGAAGAAGGAGCAGGGGGGCAGCUUCAUUCGCAGGAUGGGAAGUUUCGGUAAAAAGCGAACCAGUGAGUCUCCUCAACCACCGUCACAAACACCGUCACAAUCACAGCCAGGAACUGCUGAGUCAACCAUAGAGAGUCCUCCGUCACCGAGCCCUCCAACGCCACCUUUGGAGAAGGAUCCGGUUACUCCUGAACCGGCGAGUCCCAUUGCGGUAGAGCAUCCUGUCGCCACGCGCUCUUUUACCAAGGCCGCUUGGAAGCGGAACAGUGAACCGGAAAUGGAAAAGCCAGUGGAGGAGCCCAGUCCGGAGAACGCUCUUCGGAGACGGAUUGCAUUUGUGGCACAAGCUUCAGCGGCAUUGUCGGAGGACCACGAGGACGGAGAGAGGGGAGGCGCCGAAGUGGGGUCGCUGGAAGAGGCGGUGGCGCUGGCGCGCGUGCGGCUCGCCGUGCCCGCGCCGCCCUCGCCGACACAGUCGCGCGACGACGACACGGAAGAGGAGGGGUACACAGACGCGAUGCCCGCGUACGGAGACCUCAUCGAGCCCGAGCACAGCGCUGGCGGUGACGGCGCCCCGUCCCACGCCUCUCCCAGUUCGGAGCGCCGGGAGCACUUGUACAAGAUCCUGGUGAUCGGGGAGCUCGGCACGGGGAAGACGUCCAUCAUCAAGCGAUAUGUUCACCAGUUCUUCAGCCAACACUACAGAGCCACAAUCGGCGUGGAUUUCGCCCUCAAAGUACUCAAUUGGGACUCGAAUACUAUCAUUCGUUUGCAGUUAUGGGAUAUUGCAGGUCAGGAACGUUUCGGCAACAUGACCCGGGUUUACUACAAGGAGGGUGGCGCGUUCAUAGUGUUCGACGUGUCGCGGGUCGCCACCUUCGAUGCUGUUGUCAAGUGGAAGAAUGACCUCGACGCUAAGGUUCAACUGCCCGAUGGAUCGCCGAUACCCUGCAUACUGUUGGCUAAUAAGUGCGAUCAAUCGAAGGAAGGAAUCGUAAACUCUCAAGCUAAGAUGGAGGAGUAUUGCCGCGAGAAGGGGUUCGCGGGCUGGUUCGAGACCUCGGCCAAGGAAAACAUCAACAUUGAGGAAGCUGCCAGGUCACUAGUUAAUAAGGUAAGUCCUUCAUAACACUGACUCUAAAUCAUCACGUGUGAGAAAAUAU